GAAUCCUCGAACCGAAUGGAGCGGUCGUCGUUCGCGUCGGCGAGCUCCGGCGAGCUGGCCGCCGCCGCCGUUUCGGGGCUCGGGAGGCCGGUGAGGGUGAUACCGCUGCGCCACCCUACGGACACGGCCGCGCGGGGGCCGGCCUCCGCGCCGUCGUUGCUGUCGGCGGCGAUGGAGAGGGCGCGGGGGAUGGGGCCGUGGGAGUGGGCGGAGGCCGCCCUCCCGUGCUUGGCGUGGAUGCGGAGGUACAGGUGGAAGGACGACCUCCAGGCCGACCUCACCGCCGGCAUCACUGUCGGGGUCAUGCUUGUGCCCCAGGCAAUGUCAUAUGCAAAGCUGGCUGGGCUUCACCCAAUUUAUGGGCUGUACACAGGCUUUGUCCCACUGAUUGUCUACGCAAUUUUUGGGUCCUCGCGACAAUUAGCAGUAGGGCCAGUGGCACUUGUUUCCCUGCUAGUGUCCAAUGUUCUUGGGGGUAUAGUUAAUUCAUCUAGUGAGCUGUAUACAGAAUUAGCCAUAUUGUUGGCUUUCAUGGUUGGGAUAUUGGAAUGCUUGAUGGGAUUGCUAAGACUUGGUUGGCUUAUUCGUUUCAUCAGCCAUUCGGUAAUAUCUGGAUUCACUACAGCUUCAGCCAUUGUAAUUGGUUUGUCCCAAAUCAAGUAUUUCUUAGGUUACAGUGUUACAAGAAGCAGCAAAAUUAUACCACUUAUUGAGAGUAUAAUUGCAGGAAUAGAUCAGUUCUCCUGGCCUCCAUUUUUAAUGGGAUCAGUGUUUCUUGCUAUUCUUCUAAUAAUGAAAAAACUAGGAAAAACAAAUAAAAAAUUACGUUUUCUGAGAGCCUCUGGUCCACUAACAGCUGUUGUUCUUGGAACAUUGUUUGUGAAAGUUUUCCGUCCAUCUGCCAUAUCAGUGGUAGGUGAAAUACCACAAGGCCUUCCCAAGUUCUCCAUUCCCCGAGGAUUUGAACAUUUGAUGUCCCUAAUGCCAACUGCAGUUCUUAUCACUGGUGUUGCCAUUUUGGAAUCUGUUGGGAUUGCUAAAGCUUUAGCUGCUAAGAAUGGCUAUGAAUUGGACUCGAACAAAGAGUUAUUUGGGCUUGGCAUAGCGAAUAUAUGUGGUUCAUUCUUCUCUUCAUACCCUGCUACAGGCUCCUUUUCUAGGUCUGCUGUGAAUCAUGAAAGUGGGGCAAAGACUGGAUUAUCAGGAAUUAUAAUGGGCAUAAUAAUUUGCGGUGCUCUCUUGUUUAUGACACCAUUAUUUACUGAUAUACCUCAGUGUGCAUUGGCUGCCAUUGUGAUUUCUGCUGUCACUGGCCUGGUAGAUUAUGACGAGGCCAUUUUCUUGUGGGGUAUUGAUAAGAAGGAUUUCUUUCUAUGGGCAAUGACGUUUAUUACUACAUUAGUUUUUGGCAUUGAGAUUGGUGUCCUUGUUGGGGUUGGGUUCUCGCUGGCAUUUGUAAUUCAUGAAUCAGCAAAUCCACAUAUAGCUGUUUUGGGCCGUUUGCCUGGAACCACCGUGUACAGGAAUACAUUGCAGUACCCUGAGGCUUAUACAUACAAUGGAAUUGUUGUUGUCCGAAUUGAUUCACCAAUCUACUUUGCUAACAUAAGUUACAUAAAGGACAGGUUGCGCGAAUAUGAGCUCAAACUCCCAGUUUCAAACCGGGGACCUGAUGUUGGAAGGGUGUACUUUGUGAUCCUCGAGAUGUCACCUGUUACAUACAUUGACUCGAGUGCUGUUCAAGCUCUCAAGGACUUGAACCAAGAAUACAAAGCACGCGACAUCCAGAUCGCUAUAGCGAACCCUAACCGGCAGGUGCACCUACUGCUAUCAACAGCGGGCAUCAUAGACAUGAUCGGUGCAGGGUGGUGUUUCGUGCGGGUGCAUGACGCCGUGCAAGUAUGCCUCCAGCAUGUGCAGAGUUCAUCAUCAAAUUCCAUUAAGCUAUCCCCACAGGCAUCUGGGAACUUGAUGGACUCUCCCAAGGCACAGCAGCGGCAUGGCUUCCUCAAGAACCUCUGGAAAGCACAGGAUGGGAAUGGGAGCACUGAUGAGGCUCAGUCUUUGCUGCGCCAAAACCUUGUGUAAUACUUUUACCAGUUUCCCCCUUCAGUGCCAAUCGGGAUGCAUGCAUUUGCAUCUUUGUUGUUGUAUGCAUAUAGAGUACAAGGAUGUAAUUAGUCAAUUACGGGUUGUUUUGUUGUUCAUACAGUAGGAAUGUAGAAUUGUGUUGUAUCAGUACAGUGUAGAUACGUCAGUUGUCUGUAAUAUCUGUAGCCGAGUGGCUGGUUCUCUGUAUCAUAACAAUGUAAUCUAUAUAUUACAACACCACAGAGUAGCAAUUUGGCUACUGUGAAGAAUUGAGAUUCUUGGAAAAAGAGUUACACGAAUC